CUUCUCUCCAUCUAUAUAAAUUCAAACACCCCCCCUCUCCAUGCAACAAAUCCAGUUCAUUCUAAGGCACAAACCCAACUCCUCAUUCAGAUCUCUAUUUCAGCUCCACCAUGAUGCAUCACAUUCUAUUGCUUGAACUUUUGAUAGUAGCAUACUUUGGUGGUUCUCAAGCUGAAAAUGCUUUCUCACAGUAUUGGGAAGAGCAUAUUGGUCUUCCACAACCUCCACACUGGUUAGCUUCAAAGGCUUCUCCAUUAAACCUCCACCAGGUGAAAGUGUUUACAGAACUUGUGGAGGAAAAUAAGUUGGCUUCACACCUACAUUCAUUCUGUAAGCAAGCUAACAUUGCUUGUUCUACAAAUGCAUUGGUGAAGAAGACAAUGGAAAGCACAAGUCUGCCACCACUAGCCAAGUGGAAUGCUUUCAAAGAGAAAUAUGAUGCAAUUAAAAGUACACCCCUAUCGGUUCUCAAGCAAGGAGGAUUGCCAUAUUUUCGGGAAUCAAUGGUGAAAGAGGGAAGUUUCAUGUCUAUUCCUGAUCUAAGAGAUCCAAUGUCAUAUAAAUCGUUCUUGCCACGGUCUCUUGCAUCAAAAAUCCCAUUUUCCUCUACCAAGAUUGAGGAAUUGAAGAAUCUUUUUGGUGUGGUAGAUGAAGACAUGGGUGAAUAUAUUCAAGACAGCCUCGAGGCAUGUGAGGCAAGAAGCACCAUCAGAGGUGAGCAGAGAAUCUGUGCAACUUCUGUUGAGGAUCUCAUUGAUUUUGUUGUUGAGAAACUAGGACACCAUAUAAGCAUAUGGAGUACUGAGAGCAUUGAAGGAUCUUAUGAGAAUGUCACAAUUGGAGCUGUGAAACUCAUAUAUGGAAAUCUUUCUGAAUCACCUGCCAUAUGUCAUAGCCAUCCAUUCCCAUUUCAAGUCUAUUUUUGCCAUGUUUUACCAACAGUAAAAAUAUUUGCAGUUGAUAUACAUGCAAAGAAGAAGGUGAAUCAUGCAAUCAUGGCAUGCCACUAUGACACAUCAACUUGGAAUCCAAACCAUCUUGUUUUUAAGCUGUUGGGUUUUGGCCCUGGCUUAAUUGAAGUCUGUCAUUGGAUAAGUCAGAAUGGAAUGAUAUGGACAAAGGCUCUAGGUUGAGUAGCAUUUGAAGAUUUAACUAUCUUAUUCUAGUUCUCUUGUUUGUGUCACAUGUUACUACUUAUGCUAUUUGAAGAAUAAAUAAUGACCUAUUUUGCUUCUUUA